AUGGCUUCCACAACUUCAGAAACUGAAAAGACAGUAUUGAAUAAAGAUAUUGGGGGGAAGGAAUUGAUUAAUACGAAAGCCUCUAAUGUUGGGAGGCCUAAAGGAAAAGGAAAAAGCAAAGGAAAAGAUAUCAGUCAAAAGAAAGAGAACGCAGUCCCUUUCGAUCUGUUCACUCAAGGUACUGGCCGACCACGUCGCUCAGUAUCGAAACCUGAGUUUUUCCAACAUCCUUUGGAACUGCCUAAGAAAAAGGUUUCUAUUGAAAAAAUUGAGAUAGAAGUAGGGGAAAAGCCAGACAAUAUCAAACCUAUAUUGAGAAAAAGUGCGAAAACAAAGCCGCCAACGAAUUUGAAAUCUAUAAAGUUUUUUAAUAAAUGUGCUAUUCAAGUAAUUGAUCCUCUGAAAGGAUGGAAAGAUGGGGUUGUUCGAAUGCCCGAAGACUCGGAUGAUAAUGAGAAUAAAGAGACAAGGCCUUUGCGUUCAGCCGAUGAUCUGCGAUUAACACCUGAGAGUAUGAGAAGAUUAUUAUCUUGUGAUCAGGCCGAUGAUCUCAAACCUUUAUCUUUCAAUAUUUAUUGUGAAGAAAUAGAGGAGAUCACGAUUAUUAACUCUGAGAAAGAGGAUGAUCACAAGGAAAAAGAAGUUGACAGUUUUAAAAAAACGAAAAAGGUGCCAAAAAUGGAAGUAAAGGAAGGAAAGAAGAAAAACAAAACGAGGAAACGGUCCAUAGUAGGGGAUAUUAGCCUAUGGGCAAAAAAGUCGAAAUGCUCAAUUGAUGUUGAGGAUAACCUCAGGGAUGAUCCUACGAGUGAUACUCUUUCUUCACAGUGUUCAAGUGAAUAUUUCCCGGCUUCCGACUCGUACAACUCGAGUUCGGAAACACGCUGUUCUCCUGAAGUAACCGAAGAGAUGCAGGGCUCAGGAGAUUUCAAGGAGGACGAACCGGUGGAAGCUAUAAUCGAGUUGGACUCGAGCACUGAAGAUAUCUCAGGUUCUUUCCGCGAUGCAGUCCUGUUGAAAGAUGAUAUAUCCAUAAGAGAGGAAGUGCAGAAAUCAUUAGAGUCUGGCAAAGAUAUCAGAAGGACAGCAUGCCUUAGACGAGAGUUUGACCACGCACCGUUUUCUUCUUUCAAUGUACUUCCAGCUCCGUUCGAAGUUGUAGUAAAUGACAACUGGCAUUUGGAUUUUACUAAGCUCCGUUUAUCUGAUGAACGCUCUCCACUCUCCGAAGACGCUAAACGAAAAAUGCGUAGCCAGCUUCACAGUUUAUCGCAAUUCCCAGUUUUACGAAAAGAUCGACCGAUUUCUUCAGUGUUUGCCUCAAAGGCGGAAUGUACAGCAGAUGUUAUUGAUCAGUUCACAGCACAAGAAAAAAAAUGGUACGAUCAUGCAUAUCGGUGCCGUCAAGAAGCUAAGUCAUUGCCAUGGUCAGAAGCUCUUCGACCUAAAACAACCGAUGUUUGGCUAGGUUCUGUAGUUCAGGCAGAAACAGUUAAGACGUUCGUGAAGUAUUGGUUGAAGAGAGGAGAAAAAGAAGAAGCUGAAGAAAAAAUGAAAAAGAAGAGACUGUCUUAUGAUUGUGACUCUGACUAUGAGGAUGACUUCACUGAUGGUUGCGGAGCGAAUCCUCUGAUCAUUGAAGGUGCCACAGGAACUGGAAAGUCAUCACUGAUUGCGGCGAUCGCUUCUGAAUUGAACUGCAAACUGUUAGAAGUCAACACAGGAGAUUUCCGAAAUGCUGCUUCUCUUCGACAAAAACUAUCUGGGGCUGGAGAAUCGCAGAGAAUGCUCUCUAACAGCAUAUCUUCCUUCUUCACUAAAAGUACUGCUCCAAAGGCUAAGAAACAGAAAACUAUCAUAGUUGUUGAAGAUGUUGACAUCAAUUUCCCAAAGUUGGAUAAAGAUUUUUAUCCUACCUUGAAAAGCUUGGCAUCCGAGUCGAAAGUACCAGUCAUAUGGACAUGCACAAAACUCCCUAUUGACGAGUUACGCAAAGAACCUUCUAUCCCUUAUCAGCUAGUUCGAUUGCCUAAAAUGGAGAAAGCUACUAUCUUGAAUUAUUCAUCGGUUUGUGUGUUAGCAUUGACGGACUGCUACUUUAAAUGGAAGAGUCUCAAAAAUGCAUUCAGUAGAAACAACAUCAGAUUAGAUAUUCGGGCUUUAUUAAGUGAACUCCAAUUUUCUAUGGCUGAUACCAGCGCACCAUUAGACAUGAUUAAUAGAGAAUAUCCGAAAUAUCAACGCGAUCUGGGUUAUGUACCCUCAUCUGUCUAUUUGGAUUAUGAUAGCUUCAUCGAGGACAAGAGACAGGAACACCCUGCCAUUAUUGGAAGUUUAAUGCCUUUUGAAGAUAGGUCUUUUUCACGGAAAGCUGAACUAGUCAGAAAAUUGAUGGAGUCGGUGAACGUUUUUUCUUUUAAAGAUCUUACAUGUGAUUAUCUCCCUAUAUUGACACAAAUAGACUUGUAUGAUUCACUAAAAUCUAAAGGAAGCCGCAGGCAUUUGCACUAUUUCUCUGAAGUAAAAGGAGAGUAUCCUAUUGACCGUGAUGGAAAGCUCUUAGAAAAUAUCCGUCACUUCCGUUUGGAGAAACUGUGA